CACAGCUAACACACUCACAGAGAGACGAAGGCAGAGAAGGAGCAAGACAACUAUCUUUUCGACCUCUCUCAUUGAUGCAAGACAACUAGCACAGAAUAGAGGGAGGGAAGCACAAAAAAAGGUUUUGGUCUUCAGUAGCCUCUUCAUACUUCACUGGGAACAAGGAAUUACAGCAAAUGAUAAAAGAAAAAGAAGAGCACUGAGAGAGAGAGAGAGAGAGAGAGAGAACGAUAGAUACAGUUGAAUGUACUUGCUUUUGAUGACAUGAGAGCAGAACUACUCUUGAACAGACAGUGAAAGGCGAACAGAAAAAGGGACAGAGGUGAGGGCAGGAGGAGAGAGAACAUUUCUUGGAUGGGCUUUUCAACAACAUCAGUCAAUUUUUUCUGAGAGAGAGAGGGAGAAAAAGAAAGAGUGAGAGAACGAGGGGGGUGGGGAAAAAAGGAUAUGGGGUGGGGGGCAGAGAGAAAGAAGAGAAUAAAUUAGACACUUACAUAAGUAGAAGAAGGAUAGAAAACCAGUCCAAAAAUAUUGUUUGUAGUUUUUAAAUCCUGGAAUUGAAAACUGAUAGGCAAAGGAAUGAAGACAUGUGAUGGACGUACCUGACAGAGGGAGAGAGAGAGGAGAGAGAAAAUGCGAUACAAGUCAUUCUGUUAUGGUGUCAGCCCAAAUGGACAGUGACAGAAUGUGGAAAUGUUUUCUAAAUGGGACAGACAGUGACAGACUGUUCUGCCACGGAAUACAGGUAGAUUUAUAUUAACACUAAAAUCAACCAGAUUUCCCAUCACAUCCAUCCAUCAUCAUCCAAAUCACAUUUCUUUUGUGAGUGCUGGACUGUAAUAUUAGUUAACUGUUUUGUGGCAUUUCUAUUUUGUAAUCCUCAGUGUACAGUAUGCAUAUAUACCAUUAAUCAAAUAUUUUUCUAAAUGAUCAACAAAAAUGAGAAUACACUACAUUCAUUAUAUUCCAUAAAUUAAUAUUUAAUAAUUAGCUGUGAUUAUUAUUAUCACCACAGUGCUCUCUUGUAUUUCUAUUUCUAUAAAAUAAAAUGUUAUCAUUCUAAAGUUUCAGGUUUAUAUUCUCAGUAUGUAUCAUGUUGCUUCCAUACUGAUAGAAUUGUUCUCAAACUUGGAAUCAUUCUUUUGUUUUCACUCAGACUUUGUGGCUGAUCUAUACAAAAAGCUCUCAUUAUAAUGAGCCAAAUUACAUUAUCAGUAUUAAUUAUUUGUAUUAUAUGCUGAUACAAAAAUAUUUAUAUCAGUUAAAAACGACGGCAUACAUAUUGUCAUUAGUACAAUUCAUACAAAACAUACAGAAUAAUUAAGCCAUAGUAUAGCUUUCACACUGCAUUCAUUAUUAUGGGCACCUUUAUAACUGCAUCACUCUUCUGCCAUUUUUUGCCAUUAGGUCAUGGAUAUUGUGGUCAGUGUGUUAGACAGUGUUUUGAUGUUUUAUGUUAGCAGAGCACACACAUUUUCACGCACAGUGUAGACUUCACAGAAGGGGGAGCAGAGUGUGAAAAAUACCAGCGAGAAUACAGAAACUGCAGAAACAAAGACCAAAGAGCAGAAAGGGGAAUGUGAGAGACAGCAAUACUCAACCAUAUUUCAUUCCUAUUCCUUGUUCCCCCGAAGAACCCCACAGAACACUGUAAAACUCAGAGAAACAGGAAGAGAGAAAGAAGACACACGCAGGAAGCGAAGGAUAAACAAAAAGGACAUACAACUUAGAAAAGCAGAAAAAGAGCGGACAAUAUUCAGAGAGAGAAGGAUCUAAGGGGCAGAAGGCUGAGAAAGGGAAGACAAAGUGAUAGAGAAAGAGAGAGGGGGAAACUUUCCCUCCUCUCGACCCUUCCGCUGGUGAGACUGGCUGGGGCGGCUAUGGCGUUCACCUUCGCGGCCUUCUGCUACAUGCUCACACUUGUGCUGUGUGCUUCCCUCAUCUUCUUUGUCAUCUGGCAGAUCAUUGCAUUUGAUGAGCUCCACACAGACUUCAAGAGUCCCAUUGAUCAAAGCAACCCUACCAGAGCAGUGGAAAGAAUACGAAAUAUUGAAAGAAUCUGUAACUUGCUCAGGAAGCUGGUUGUGCCCGAGUACUCCAUCCAUGGGCUCUUCUGUCUGAUGUUCAUGUGUGCAGGAGAGUGGGUCACCCUGGGUCUCAACAUACCCCUGCUCUUCUACCAUCUCUGGAGGUAUUUCCACCGGCCUGCUGAUGGCUCUGAGGUCAUGUAUGACCCAGUCAGCAUCAUGAAUGCAGACAUCCUCAACUACUGCCAAAAAGAGUCCUGGUGCAAGCUAGGCUUCUACCUGCUCUCUUUCUUUUAUUACCUGUACAGUAUGGUCUAUGCUUUGGUGAGCUUCUGAAUUCCGAAGACUGGCCAUGCAUGGAAGGCAAAGAGAGAGACAGACAGAGAGAAGGAAGGGACCAGAGAGAGAAAGAGAGAGGGGAGUGUCACUAUCUCUCAUUUUCCUCAUCCACCCAUCACUCCAUCUUACCGCCUUCAAACUCCUGCAAAAGGGAUAAAAUGAUAAACGGUGGAGCCCUGCGAGGCUGGCUCAAAACAUUACAAUCCAGAGAAGAAGGAGAGAAGGGGAGAUGGAAUGAAGGAAUGAGAGGGAGAGCAGAAGGUAGAAAAUAAGGAGGAAAGAGAAUGUUCAUAGAAUGUUCAUGAAUAUGGUUCAUGAGGCGAACAGAUAAAGACUUGUUCGGGUUACAUGUCAUGAGGAGAAUUCAUUGGUACUGAGCCAUAUAGGGUUUUCACAACUGAAAUGAGGCCGAAAUUUGAAUUACCUCAAAUUGUAAAUGGAAAACAGCCUACAGAAGAUCAAAGACCAUUCCCCUCCCUUUCCCCAUGGCCUGACAUACCUCAUCCCAACGGUACUGAUCAGUUCGCUGUGGUGCAGUCAAAAUUACAUGUGAAAAAGUAUGGAUACAUGUGUGUAUCAUCGUACAUUUUGUAGCAGCAUUAGCAAAGGAAAAUGUUAAAUAUUCAAAUUAAAAAUGUAGAUUACUGUCAUUAUGAAUGUGUGUGUGUGUGAGUGUGUGUGCGUGCACCUGUGUGUGUGUGCACAUGUGUGAACGAGUGUAACGGUUUUACAUUUUUUAAGGUUGCAAUAGAUAUCCUUUGCCUUAUUCAUCAGUGUUCUGUAAUCAAUUUAACUGAAUAGGGUUCAUUUAAAAAUGUAAACCUUUACAUAAAUGAACAUAUUAAUGCAAUAUGCUCAAACACAUACAUGUAGCUGCAACUACAAUGCACAUAAGCUUACUUAGAGUCAAAGGAGUAAACGUGGGUUUCACAGACAAUUUCUUGACUUCCACUAUACCUUAGGAAACAUAGUUUAUGGAUAUAAGCAAGUCUCUACUCCAAUAUUUAAGACUUUAGUUUUGAAAAAAUUAUGUUUGGUAACAUUUACACAGAUUAUAGUGGUAUACAAUACUCCCAUCAAUAAAAAACAAGAAUGGCAACCACAUUUUUCUUUUACGAGAGAAAAUGAAUUGGACUAUGUCAAUGUAACUCUACCUAACUCUAUCAGAUGAGGGGAUGGGUACUCUAAUAGUAGUCUGCAGAUUUACUCCCAGCCUAAGAGCAGUAAAAUCAUAGGUUCAAAAAAGCUGAAGGAAGCUGUUGAUAAUGUUCAAACUCACUGAAGUGAAGCAAGAGACAAGUGUGUCCCUGUGAUCAGAAAAAGACAAAAUGACUGUAAAACUCAAGUGACAACGAGAGUUGCAUGUACUGUGAUGUUGAUGCUGUAAAAACAAAAAAAGCAGACAAAAGGCACUAUUUGCACAAUUAAACGAGGGCUAAUGCAGGAUGAUUUAGUACGUUCAAAAUUCUCUUUUAUUUGAGACAAUGGAUUGGCGACCCAAAUCCUUAAGAUGGGUACCGCAUGUUGCUCCUGUAAGCUGAGUCACAUGCUGUUGGGAAUGUUUCCGGGUACAUGCCCGCACUGGAAAGAAUAUCCUGGGUCAUACAAACAGUACAUACAGUUAUACUGUAAAUAAGAUGGAAGAGAGCCCUCAUGACAGUAGUGAGUGGAGGAUGCCACCACUGCAAAAAAAACAUGCUCCUUUGUGUCAUGUCGAUGUGUCAUCUGUGUCACAUAUUUGCAGUUGACCCAUAAUUUGACUCGGUGAACAGCCUGGCAGGGUUAAUUUAAAGGAGAACAGACACCCCACUGUGCUCAUGCUAGUCCUUUCAGACAUUAACAACUUUUGGAGGACAUUAUUGGCUUGGGCACAACAUGAUGCUUAUGAGACUGGAAGUGAGGGUGGCUCAGAUUUUACACUCAUGUCCUCUUGCCCCAUUAUGACACGAUUCAAUUCAAGCACAAACAGGGAGGAGGUGAUGGAGGGCAUGUUAUAUUGUUGAAUGUCAUAAUGCCGAUUAAUAAAAUUAUAGCCUAUAUAAUAUAAAUGAAGAAGAACUAGAAUAACUUUGUAAUUGUCUUUUUAUAUAGAAUAAACCUGUCACUGUCUGCUAACAUUGUCACUUCCCUAGUAUGUACAGUACUUGAAUUUCUUUAUAUUGCAGUACAAUACAAUUCUAUGUAACAUUGAUAAAGAAACCUAUUAUUCAUAUUCUAAUAAAAUACCAGUGUUGAAAUCA